GCAUAUUUGUGCCAGUUUUUAAAGUGAAAUUCGCAUCUGCGAAAUUUCUCUCUUGUUUAAAUUAGUGUUCUGCUGCAGGGCUGUCCAGUCCUAGGCCUUUGGGGCGUCUUGCAGACCAGGGCACAAUUCACAUUCCCUUCGGGUUGGCUUACUGUUUACGAUGGUGGCACCCGAGGUUGUGGAAGGUGUCUCUGGGGCAGCUGCAGGGAUGGCAGCGACGGUGGUCACGUACCCCCUCAUGACAGUGUCAACGCUGCAGGCUACUAGGUCCCACAAGAAAGAGACAGUUCUGCCUAGUUCCAAGAAGGCUGCUACCGGGACAAUUGCUGACAUACUGGAGGUCAUUCGCGAGUCAGGCUGGACUGGCUUGUUCCAAGGGCUUCAGGCAUCUCUCCUUGGCACAGCCGUGUCCCAGGGCGUCUACUUCUACUUCUAUUCCUUACUCCGCCAAUUCUUUGUAGCCAGGCAUCAGCGCCUCACGCUGACAAAGUCUCAGGAUAUUGGAGUGGGACCAUCCCUGCUGGUGGCCUUCCUUGCUGGCUGUGGCAAUGUGCUCCUCACCAACCCCAUCUGGUGUGUAGCCACGCGCAUGCAGGCAUACCAGAAGAGCAUCGAGGAGGGCAACGAGCAUGUGAAGCCGCCUGGACCCCUGGAGACAUGCAGGGAGAUCUACAAGGAGCAUGGCAUUCUGGGGUUCUGGACGGGGGUGCUGCCAUCUUUGGUGAUGGUUUCCAACCCCAGCGUGAACUACAUGCUGUUCGAGUACCUCAGAUCCAGGCUCGAGGACUGGCGGCGCGUCGCCUCAGGCGGAGGGAACGCGCGGCGCACGAGCCCCGGGGACGUGUUCUGGCUGAGCGCGGUGGCCAAACUGGGCGCGACGGUGGUGACCUACCCGCUGCUGCUGGUUAAGGCGCGCCUCAUGUCAUCCGGCAAGCACACCAGCGCAGAGCGGCGCUACACCGGUACCCUCGACGCCCUCGAACGCAUCUGGCGCACCGAGGGUCUGCUGGGCUUUUACAAGGGGAUGCGCGCGAAGAUCGUGCAGAGCAUCCUGGCCGCAGCCCUGCUGAUGGCCAUCAAGGAGCAGCUGACCACUGCCACCGACGCCAUCCUCAACCGCUCCAUUGUCAUCACUGCAGCGCCCUCCAAGGACACUGUUGCCCGACUGGCUGCCCUAUCCGCUCCCAGCAAGUAACUGCAGAAUGCUGAUGAUAAACACACCACCUCUUUGCGGUGACGAGGUGUCUACAUCAGGGAUGUCCUCCAAGGGGGUGUCUUGAUACUGAGAUUUACUCCAGCAGGGGCUGAGACUAGCAAGUUCUCUUUUUGGGCGGUAUGCUGUUUCCCUUGUGCAUGCGCAUGCUCCAGCGACCAGUGUUGCAAGAGCGUCUUAGGAGCACAUGCAGAACAAUUUUUGAGGGGAGUGUGUUUCUGUAUGUAUAAUUAGGUGUACAAGAUCUGGGACAGGAACAACAGAGCUCUUCGUUGGGUUCAAAUUUUGUGUUUAGGAGCAGUGUGUGUGUGAUCAGCUUGGUUAUCGUAGUGCACCGGUGCCUAAGAAGCAAUUUGUGGCUUUGACACAGCCUGUCCGUUUACUUUUAAUGAUUCAUGCACUGUGAUGACAACUUGGAAGUGUUCAGGAGUCGUAUGAUGCAUUGUAAUGACAGCCCGCCUAC